AUGGAGGCAGCUGAACAGGACAUUAAGAAGCUCAGCACCUCCGAUGCGGGAAUUCAAAAGAAAGAAAUCUUUAAAAGAUGUGCGGGCCUUCCAUUGACUGCAAAAAUGAUGGGUCAGAUCGUCAAAAAACAACAGGCAGAGGCAGCAGCUCAAAAUGGAAGCAAUCAACAACUCCCAGUACUGGGAGCAGCUCCGAAUGGAAGCCUUCAACAAUUCCCAGAUCAGGAAGGUGCGCCAAAUGGAAACAAUCAACAACAGGCAGAGGGAGCAGCUCAAAAUGGAAGCAAUCAACAACUCCCAGUGGGAGCAGCUCCGAAUGGAAGCCUUCAACAACUCCCAGAUCAGGAAGGUGCUCCAAAUGGAAACCAUCAACAACUGGCAGAGGGAGCAGCUCCAAAUGGAAGCCUUCAACAACUCCCAGAGGACGGUGCCCCAAAUGGAAGCCAUCAACAACACCCAGAUCAAGAAGGUGCCCCAAAUGGAAGCCUUCAACAAAAUGGAAGCCAUCAACAACACCCAGAUCAAGAAGGUGCCCCAAAUGGAAGCCUUCAACAAAAUGGAAGCCUUCAACAACUCCCAGAGGGAGAAGCUUCAAAUGGAAGCGGACCGUAACAGUAUUCUAUAUUGUAGUUCCUGCUUCUCUUGCUUUUGAUGUAUCUUCUUCAAAGUGUUUAGCUUUAUGUUGUCAUUUCCUUUUGAAAUCAGAUAAAUGUUGCCUU